AUGUUCGGUGCGCUGAAUCGCUUCAUUGGCCGCCUAGAUGGCGAGCCGCCCCAACAGUCUCGAAAUGGGCCGAACGACAACGCCUUCGGCUUCCAAGUGCUGCGCAACAAGGACCCCGAGCUGCCCUUAGAACCUUGGUUUGAUUUUAUUGUAGGAAUCAAUGGACAUAUCAUUGUCAGUUAUUAUCUUUUUGGACGGGUUCAGACGAGAUCGCUGACAGAGCGCUCUCUACAGGAGGAUCCGGACCCGAACCUGUUUACAACAGAAGUGCGCAAUUGCGCGGGAACCAGUCUGCGACUGGAAGUCUGGAGCGCAAAGGGCCAACGAACACAUUCAGUCACCAUCCCCGUGCCCGCCGGCAACCCGUCUCUCGGCCUCGCGCUCCAACUCGCUCCCCUCUCAUCCACACAGCACAUCUGGCAUGUGCUGGGCAUUCCGUCACCACUAAGUCCCGCCUACCGUGCGGGCCUGCUUCCGCACUCAGACUACAUAAUUGGCACCCCGAGCGGCACGCUAAGGGGCGAGUCGGCGCUGGGAGAGUUGGUGGAGGAUCACCUGGACCGCACGCUAGUGCUAUGGGUAUACAACAGCGAAUUUGACGUGGUUCGCGAGGUAGAGCUCGUUCCCACGCGCGGAUGGGGUGGCGAGGGUGCUGUCGGUGCAGAGCUGGGAUAUGGCGCUCUGCAUCGACUACCGGUGGGACUAGGCGAGGAGGUGGAAGGGCCGGGCGAGGUCGUCUUCGAGACGCGAGAAGACGGUACCUCUGCACCGGUCCUCGAUUCGUCUGGCGCCGUUCCGGGCGUGGGCGAGCCAUCAGCGAACUAUUUGGUUCCUGCCAACCUGUCCGCGCCCCCGCCGAUUGCUCCUCCUCCGCGCGCUGGUGGUGUGGCUUCGCCUGAAGGGACAUCAAAAUCCCCUGCGAGCCGCCGAAAGUCACGGCAUGCCGGGGUGUCUCCCAAUAAUGCAUUCGAUGACUAUUUCGCUGAGGGUGAGCAGAAGAGCCGUGAGCAGGACUUUGCACCCUCGCGGAAGGGGACUCCUCUACCUCCGCCACCAAAAUUAGGGCCCUCGCCAUCUCACUCUGAAAGUCCGGCUCCUGCAUCGGGAGAGGAUGCUGCAGAGGGUGCUAUAGAGGAGCCGGCGGGUGAAGCACAGGAGUGA